ACCAAAUAGAGGUGGGUAAACGGAGAACUGGGACGAAGUAAGUUAGGUUGUUAGAAAGUUAAUGGCUUGGGGGAAAGAGAAGCUCUUCUCGCUUCAGGAGAGUUACAGGAUUUUUCUGAAGUGUAAAUAUAAUAUCUAAAUACAGUCCAACCUCAAAGAAAGUUAACGACAACAUUGCGACUAUUGGUACACAAUUUAGACAGUGAAGUAUGCAGGAUGCAGUAGCCGGGACAGCAAUGCUGACGGACGGUUUCGAGGACGAGAUUGACUCGGUGACUCCGCGUUCCCCUGCCGUAGGAAUGGGGGUCGGGGCCACAUCAGGAGCCGGACUCGGGGGCCUAGGUAUCGGCGUCGGUGGAAAGAAAGUCCGCUUGUUCGGCGAGGCUGGUGGACCCGUAGCAGACAGACUCGAUUUUAAACUCGCUGCGGCCGCAGUACUUUCCUCCGGACAUGGAUCUGGUAGCGACGAAGACGAGGUAUCUGAGGUGGAGUCGUUCAUCCUGGACCAGGACGACCUGGACAACCCCAUGCUGAAGACAGCCUCUGAACUCCUGCUGUCCAGCGCCGCGGAUGGAGCCGACCUCAGGACGGUGGAUCCAGAAACACAGGCCCGCCUGGAUGCCCUGCUGGAGGCCGCCGGGAUAGGUAAACUGUCCACUGCCGAUGGUAAAGCGUUCGCAGACCCUGAGGUCCUCCGCCGCCUCACCUCCUCUGUGAGCUGUGCCCUGGACGAGGCUGCCGCCGCACUCACACGCAUGAGGGCCGAGAACACGCUCAACGCCAGCCAGGCCGACAAUCUGGUUGUUUUCAGCCGGAGCCUGGCGGAGGCGUGCUCGGAUGGCGACGUGAACGCCGUCAGGAAGCUGCUGGACGAAGGCCGCAGCGUCAACGAGCACACGGAGGAGGGAGAAAGUCUGCUCAGCCUGGCCUGCUCCGCUGGAUACUACGAGCUAGCACAGGUGCUGCUGGCCAUGCACGCUAACGUGGAGGACCGGGGCAUCAAGGGUGACAUCACGCCUCUGAUGGCGGCUGCCAGCGGAGGCUACGUAGACAUUGUCAAGUUGCUGCUGGUGCACGGAGCUGACGUCAACGCACAGUCCUCCACAGGUAACACGGCCCUGACGUACGCUUGUGCGGGAGGCUUCCUGGACGUGGUGCGCGUCUUGCUGAAGGAGGGCGCCAAUAUCGAGGACCACAAUGAGAACGGACACACGCCGCUGAUGGAGGCGGCGAGCGCCGGCCACGUAGACGUGGCACGCGUGCUGCUCGAGUACGGAGCCGGCAUCAACACGCACUCCAACGAGUUCAAGGAAAGUGCACUUACCCUGGCUUGCUACAAAGGGCACCUGGACAUGGUGCGCUUCCUGCUGGAAGCCGGGGCCGACCAGGAACACAAGACAGACGAGAUGCACACAGCGCUCAUGGAGGCCUGUAUGGACGGCCAUGUGGAGGUGGCACGGCUGCUCCUGGACAGUGGGGCGCAGGUCAACAUGCCGGCUGACUCCUUCGAGUCACCGCUGACCCUGGCGGCGUGCGGGGGCCACGUGGAACUGGCGGCGCUGCUGAUCGAGCGCGGCGCCAACCUGGAGGAGGUGAACGACGAAGGCUACACACCCCUCAUGGAAGCCGCCAGGGAGGGACACGAGGAGAUGGUAGCCCUGCUGCUGGCACAAGGAGCGAAUAUCAAUGCCCAGACAGAGGAGACUCAGGAGACGGCUCUGACGCUGGCGUGCUGCGGGGGCUUCCUGGAGGUGGCUGACUUCCUGAUCAAGGCGGGGGCGGACAUCGAGCUGGGCUGUUCCACGCCGCUCAUGGAGGCAGCCCAGGAGGGCCACCUGGAGCUGGUCAAGUACCUACUGGCUGCAGGAGCCAACGUCCACGCUACCACGGCAACCGGGGACACGGCGCUGACGUACGCGUGUGAGAACGGACACACUGAUGUAGGAGACGUGCUGCUGCAGACUGGAGCUGACCUGGAGCAUGAGUCAGAGGGAGGCAGGACUCCUCUGAUGAAGGCAGCCAGGGCAGGUCACCUGUGUACCGUCCAGUUCCUCAUCAGCAAAGGUGCGAACGUGAACAGAGCCACUGCUAACAACGACCACACCGUUGUCUCACUGGCUUGCGCCGGUGGUCACCUGGCAGUGGUGGAGCUCCUAUUGGCUCACGGGUCUGACCCAACCCAUAGGCUCAAGGACGGCUCGACCAUGCUGAUAGAGGCAGCCAAGGGGGGGCACACCAUCGUGGUGUCCUACCUGCUGGACUACCCCAACAACAUCCUGUCAGUGCCCCCCCCUGACUUGGCACAGCUCACCCCCCCCUCGCACGACAACUCCCAGGCUCCCAGAGUCCCCUUCCAGGCGCUGGCCAUGGUGGUGCCCCCCCAGGAGCCCGACAGAGCCCCCUCCAGCCUCGUCGCCCCCCCUCCAGUCAUCGGCAAAGGUGUGUCCAAGCAGCGUCUUGGCCCCCUGCAGGCCAGUCCCGGUACCACGGCCAGCCCGGAAGGGGACCCUCUGCCCCCCUUCCACCCGUACCAGCCCCUGGAGUGCAUCGUGGAGGAGACGGAGGGCAAGUUGAACGAGCUGGGCCAGAGGAUCAGCGCCAUCGAGAAGGCUCAACUGCAGUCCCUGGAGCUCAUCCAGGGGGAGCCGCUCACCAAAGACAAGAUCGAGGAGCUGAAGAAGAGCAGGGAGGAACAGGUGAGGGUGCAGAAGAAGAAGAAGAUCUUGAAAGAGCUGCAGAAGGUGGAGCGGCAGCUGCAGCUGAAGACCCAGCAGCAGUUCACCAAAGAGUACAUGGAGGCCAAGGGGCUGAAGGAUGACCCAGGGCAACCCGCAGGGGUGGGGCAGCCCGCAGGGAUGGAGUCACCCGCUGCCGGCCCGGCCAAUCACCCGCACGCCGGGCCCCUGCCCAGCGACCGCGAACAGGAGGUGGAGGGUUUUUGUGACGACGAGGACGGCCCUCCCCGCUCUCCAGCGGGGGAGGAGGGGGAAGAGGAGGAGGAUUUUGAUGAUGAUGAGGAGGAAGAGCUGGACUUUACUAAGCUGCCACAGGUGGACACCAUCCUACACAGGGAGGCCCAGCUACAACCCCCCCCCCCACCCCUGCCCUCCCACACCCCGCAGUCCCACCAGAGCCCCCCUCCACCACCCCUCCAGCCCAGCUUCCCCCCCCUCCAGCCUCUCGCCUCCCAGCAGCAGUCUACAGACUUCGGCUCGGCGGGCUACUCCGACCCUGGGCCAGGGCCAGAGGGCUGCGGUUCCAGCCCCGAGCUGCAGAGGGCGCUGUUGAGCCAGCAGCAGAUGCUGUGUCAGCAGGCAGGGGGGUUCGUCACUCACACCGCCCCUGCUGGGCUCCUGGUGGCCACGCCCGCGCAGACACUCACAGACACGCUGGACGACAUCAUGGCAGCAGUGAGCAGCAGAGUACCUAUGAUGAACACUACCACGUCCCCCCAGCCACCCUCCCAGAGUCCCCCCACCUCGUCUACACCCCCUUCCAUGCUCCCCCUCUACCCCACUGUGGACAUUGACGCUCACACGGAGAGUAACCACGACACGGCGCUGACUCUGGCAUGUGCCGGAGGACAUGAGGAGCUGGUGUCUGUCCUCAUCGCACGAGGAGCCAACAUAGAGCACCGCGAUAAGAAAGGCUUCACUCCUCUCAUCCUGGCUGCCACCGCUGGCCACGUAGGUGUGGUGGAGAUCCUAUUGGACAAAGGAGGAGACAUCGAGGCCCAAUCAGAGCGGACCAAAGACACGCCCCUCUCCCUGGCCUGCUCCGGGGGCAGGCAGGAGGUGGUGGAGCUGUUGCUGCUGAGGGGGGCUAACAAGGAGCACCGUAACGUAUCCGACUAUACGCCCCUCAGCCUGGCCGCGUCCGGGGGCUACGUCAACAUAAUUAAGAUCCUCCUCAACGCCGGCGCUGAGAUCAACUCAAGGACGGGCAGUAAGCUGGGGAUCUCUCCCCUCAUGCUGGCGGCCAUGAACGGCCACGUCCCUGCUGUCAUGCUGUUGUUGGACAUGGGCUCUGACAUCAACGCGCAGAUAGAGACCAAUCGCAACACGGCGCUGACGCUGGCGUGCUUCCAGGGGCGUGCCGAGGUGGUUGGUCUGCUGCUCAACCGCAGGGCCAACGUGGAGCACCGCGCCAAGACGGGGCUCACCCCUCUGAUGGAGGCGGCAUCUGGGGGCUAUGCUGAGGUGGGUCGUGUCCUGAUGGACCGCUGUGCCGACGUCAACGCCCCCCCGGUCCCCUCGUCCAGAGACACCGCCCUCACCAUCGCUGCCGACAAAGGACACCACAGGUUCUGUGAGCUGCUGAUCAUCAGGGGUGCACACAUCGACGUACGGAACAAGAAAGGGAACACGCCACUCUGGCUUGCGGCGAACGGUGGCCAUUUCGACGUGGUCCAGCUGCUGGUGCAGGCCGGAGCUGACGUGGAUGCCGCUGACAACCGCAAGAUCACCCCGCUCAUGGCCGCCUUCCGGAAGGGUCAUGUGAAGGUGGUUCAGUACCUGGUGAAGGAGGUCAACCAGUUUCCCUCUGACAUCGAGUGUAUGAGAUACAUUGCCACCAUCACUGACAAGGACCUGCUGAAGAAGUGCCACCAGUGCAUGGAGACCAUCGUCAAGGCUAAGGAUCAGCAGGCAGCAGAGGCCAACAAGAACGCCAGCAUCCUGCUGAAGGAGCUGGACCUGGAGAAGUCUAGGGAGGAGAGCAAGAAGCAGGCCCUGGCUGCUAAGAGGGAGAAGAGGAAGGAGAAGAGGAAGAAGAAGAAGGAGGAGCAGAAGAGAAAGCAGGAGGAGGAAGAGGAGGAGGAGGAGGAGGCCAAGGGGAAGGAGGUUUCUCCUGAGAGCCAGGAGCAGGACAAGGACUCAGACUCCGAGGGGGAGGAGGACCCCAGCUCAGAGCCAGAGGUUCCCAUCGACCCCCCCAGCGCCACGACCACCACCACCAUCGGCAUCUCAGCCACCUCGGCCACCUUCACCAGCGCCUUUGGCAAGAAACGCCAGGCCGCCGCGGCAAACACACCCAACGCCAACCGCAAGAACAAAAAGAACAAGACCAAGGACCCCUCGGUCAGCCAGCCAAUAAUACUCCAGGAUUCCCAGGUGGCACUGGCGCAGCAGCGGGCUGACAAGAACAAGAUCCAGGGGGAGCCCCGGGGUGGGGGGGCCCCUGGAGGGGGCAGCGACUCGGACCCCCUGGACAGCACCGACUGUACCAGUGAGAGCAGCGGGAGCGGGGGUGGGGGGGGCCGCAGCCAGGACCUGGCCUUCCUCCCCGACCUGCCCUGCUUCUCCUCCUCUUCUUCCUCUUCCUCCUCGUCCUCUGCCCCUCAGACUCUGCAGAAGGCCCCCGUACCGGAGAAGAGGCAGUGCACCUCGCUGCAUGGUUUCCGUGACGACAAGCCCCUGGUCAACGUCUCCAAGCCACACCAGAAGCUUCAUGACAUGCUGAGUGAGCGCCCCCCCAGCAUGCUGGCGACCCAGCUCAAGGCCAUGGCCCUGCCAGGGUGCUCCCCCAGCAGCAAGCCCAGCCUCACCAGCCCCAAGAGGGGCCAGCGCAGGGAGGAUGGCUGGAAGGAGGUGGUGCGCAGGUCUAAGAAGCUAUCCGUCCCGGCCUCCGUGGUGUCCCGUAUCAUGGGGCGCGGUGGCUGCAACAUCACCGCGAUCCAGGACGUGACAGGGGCGCACAUAGACGUGGACAAGCAGAAGGACAAGAACGGAGAGAGGAUGAUCACUAUCAGGGGUGGUACCGAGUCGACCCGCCACGCGGUGCAGCUGAUCAACGCUCUGAUCCAGGACCCGGCCAAGGAGCUGGAGGACCUCAUCCCCCGGACUCACAUCAGGGUCCCGGGGGGCUCCUCCUGCAAGCUGGGCCCCACCUUCCCUCCUACCGCUGGGGCCCUGGCCUCCACAGCCUCCUUGGGCCCCAAGAGCCUGGCCCCUGCCGGCCCCUCCUCCUCUAUCCCCUUCCAGACCUCCAGCAGCCAGCCGGGGAUGAAGCCAGGGAAGGGGCCGGGUGCUGGGGUGAGGCCCCCUUUCGUUUCCCUGCCCCUGGCCUACACCAACCCCCAUCUGGCCCUCCUAGCGGCCCAGACCAUGCACCAGAUCCGGCACCCCCGCCUGCCCAUGGCCCAGUUUGGGGGCACGUUCUCCCCCUCCUCCAGCACCUGGGGGCCCUUCCCGGUGCGGCCGGUCAGCCCCGGCAGCUCGAACGGCUCCCCCAAACACAACGGCAGCGUGGCUCCCAGACCGUCGCCCGCCUCCUCCACCCCCGCUCUCCAAGAUCACAUAAUCACCGCAUCCCCGGCAACGCCCUCCUCGUCAGGCCCUGGCCCUGCCCCCUCCUCCGCCAGGAAGCAGCUGUUCCCCGAACCAAAGACUACAAACAUGGCCGCCCUCGUUUCAGUGGUUGGCUCUGGCCCAGCCCCUCAGUCCAUCCCAGCCCCCCUUAAUGCAGCCCCGAUCACCACUGCCUCCCCAUCCCCCCCGGCGCCCUUUGCCCCCCCAGCCCAGCUGCCAGUCUCCAGAACGGACCCCCCCAGCUCCUCCGCUGCCCCUCCAUCGAGAGAGAAGCCCUCCCUCGACACUGCCGCCCCUCUUAUUGGUGGAGCCAACGAAAGCCCCGCCCCCAUGCACUUCUCGGCCCCUCCCCAAACCGCCCCCCCCUCCCAGCCAGAUCCCCAGAGGAAGCAGCUGCCCCUCCCCUUUCCCCCCAGCGCUGACCCCGCCCCACUCUCUGCCCCGCCCCCCAGCUCCCGGCCACAGCCAGCAGGGGGCAGCCCAGCCAGCGCCUCCACACCUCACUACCCCCCCUCGCCCCAGGGAGCUGGAACCCGCAUGCCACCCUUCUAUCCCCCCAUGACACACCCCCAGGACCUCCCGUCCGUGUACGCCCCCCCCUCGCAGGAACACCCUCUCAAACAUCAACAACAGCAUCACCAUCACCACCUUCACCAUCAUCAUCAACAACAGCAGCAACAAUCAACACAAGCCCAACAGCACUCAGCGCUACAGAUGCCCCCCCCCUCCAUGAUGAACGGCACCCAGAUGCCCCCCCAUGGGCCUAAACCCCAGAUGGCCCCGCCCAGCUACGGCCACUCCCACUCCUCCGCCGCGCUCUUCAACCACAUCAGCAGCAUGUUCGACUCCGCCCAGGGGGGCAGUAGCCAGGUGUGGGGCUCCUGCCAUCUGCCCCCUCGUGCCCCCCCUGAGCAGCCCUACAGUGCCCCCUACCUGGGGGGGCAGGGGGAGAACGGGAUGGGCCCGGACGGCUCCAAGGCCCCUGGGUACCGCUGCCCCUCUCAGAGGAUGGUCCACAGCCCCAUCGGUUUGCACUCUCUGGACCCCUCUUUGAGCUCCAUGUCGUCCUCUGGCCCGUCUCUGACCAGUUUCUCUUCCUCCAUACCUGGCAACCCAGUCUACCUGCAAGGACACGCCCCCCUGGGAACACCUGCCUUCAGCAGACAGCACUUCUCCCCCCACCCCUGGAGUGCUGCUUCCUCCUGUGAGUCUCCAGUUCUCUCUGUGUCAUCUGGUAACUCCUCCCCUCUCUGCGCGUCUGCGGUAACUGCAACCAUGGGCCAAUCCAAGCCCAGUGGGGGUGGGCAGCAGCCCGACCGGAAGGUUCCUCCACCGAUAGGGACAGAGCGUCUGGCUCGUAUCAGGCAGACGGGCGCAGGCAGCCAGAUGAUGCACAGCAGCUACACCCCGUCGGUGGGGCAGGGGGGCAUCUGGUCGUUCAGCCUGGGGGGUGGAUCUGUCCGCCCCUCCUCUUACCCUCCUCCCCCUCCAGAGUCCAUCUCCGGCUGGGCCCCGCCCCUCAUGGCCGGACACGUCAUGCACCCCCACCACCACCAGGGGGAGCCCUCCGCCUUCUCCCAGCACCAGGCCCUGGAGAGGGACGACAGCGGCAUGGUGACCCCUGCCAACAGCUUCCACCAAGGGCAGCACCAGGCCCAGCUCCAGCCCAUCCCCUCUGGCUUCAUGGACUUCCCCAAGGGUCUGCCCAUGUCCCUGUACGGGGGUGCGAUGCUGCCCCCCCACCCCCCCCUGGGGGACGGUCCUGGGGGGCCGGUGUACAACGGCCUCCACGCUGCUGACCCCUCCUGGAGCCCUGUCCUCAAGGUCGUCUCCAACACAGACAGCACCGACCCCCAGCAGGUGUGGCCAGGGACUUGGGCUCCUCAUAUUGGCAACGUACAUCUGAACCACGUCAACUAAACACACACACACAAACACACACACACCUGGUGCUGUAUUGGACCGAUCACAGUACCAGUAACACAGAUAAUAAUAUAGAGAUAUUAACCUAGACAUGUCCCUGACCUGAGAGAGAGAGAGAGAGAGAGAGAGAGAGAGAGAGAGAGAGAGGGGGGACACCAUGCUGAUGUGCCUAACACAGGGAGGGAUGGAGGGCUGCAGCACUCUGUCCACCUGUUCAACAGGAUCCUGUCUGCCUAGCUAGCGUAAGCAUAACCAUGACGUCCACUUCUAAACCUUCCCCUUAAGUUCUCCUCCCCGGCCCUCUGGGGUCCACAGUAGGGUCUGCUACUGUGCUAUUUAUCCCAGCCUAGGCACGACUUGGUGAUAACCGAUACAGAGAGAAAUCUGAACCUUUUAGAGUGGUAUAAACAUGUAUAAUUGUUUACAUACUAAAAAAAGGGUUCAAAUGAGAGUAAAUUUCAUGUUGUGUAGUGGCUCUACUUCACGUAGGCUGUAUCCAUGUGAAAUAUCUACCUUAAUAUUCAAUAAAAAUAUUAAACUGG